UUCCUUACAUGUGUACUGAUACAUAAACAACGAGACGGUGGAAAAAAAAAAUCCGAAUGAAAGUUUAACUUGAUGUAAAUCACGAGGAGUACUUGAACGCAACACGAGACGUCACCGACUGUCAUGGCGUCUCCCUUGAAGGGGGCUCGGUGCUGGAGAAAGUAGCCGCUGUCAUUUGUCACUUUUGUCCGGUGAACAGAGCAGCUGACCCCGACUGAAGAGGCUGCGAGGAGCGGGUAGUUACCAUGGGGGCUGUCCAUGCGAAGAGUCUGGAUCCUCUCCCAAUGCAUGGCCGGGACUUGGGCGUCAACCCCGAUGACUUGGUGGAGGCUCCAGAGGUGGAGCAGGAGUCCAAGCAGGAGAUCCUCGAAAACAAAGAUGUGGUGGUCCAACAUGUCAACAUCCAGGGUCUUGGAAGAACUAAAGAGGAUCUGCUUGGCUACGAGAUCUCGGAUGUUUUCCACGCCAAGAACCUCAUUGAUGUGAUGAAAAAAGCUCACAUCGCCAGACAGAAGCUGCUCCGCCUGGGGAUCUUCAAAGAGGUGGAGGUUCUAAUCGACACAUCUGAAGGCACAGACGCUCUGCCCAAUGGGCUGGAUGUAACCUUUGAGGUGAUCGAGGUAAAGAGACUGACGGGAAGCUACAACACCAUGGUCGGCAACAAUGAAGGAAGCAUGGUCCUGGGUCUGAAGUUGCCCAACAUGUUGGGCCGAGCUGAGAAACUCACCUUCCAGUUCUCCUAUGGGACCAAGGAGACGUCAUAUGGCCUGUCCUUUUUCAAGCCCCAGCCUGGACACUUUGAACGCAACCUCACCCUCAACAUGUACAAAGUCACCGGCCAGUUCCCAUGGAGCUCCUUAAAAGAGACCGACAGAGGCAUGUCUGCAGAAGUCAACUUUCCCCUCGGAGUGACUAACCACACGUUGAAGUGGGAGGGUGUCUGGAGGGAGCUGGGCUGCCUGGCACGCAGCGCUUCCUUCGCCGUGCGCGAGGAGAGCGGACACUCACUGAAAUCUGCCCUCUCGCACACUGUGUCAGUGGAUUCAAGGAAUUCUGCCAUUUUCCCCAGCAGAGGUGCCUUACUCCGGAUCAACCAGGAACUGGCUGGGUACACAGGAGGAGACGCCAGCUUCUUGAAAGAGGAUUUUGAGCUGCAGCUCAACAGACGGCUCUUCUGGGACUCGGUCCUCUCUGCCUCUCUGUGGGGUGGGAUGCUUUAUCCAUUGGGAGGACAGCCGUCCUGCAUCGCUGACAGGUUCUACCUUGGAGGUCCAACCAGUGUACGAGGGUUUGGAAUGUACAGCAUCGGGCCACAGAGUGAAGGUGACUAUCUGGGCGGAGAGGCGUACUGGGCAGGUGGUCUGCACCUCUACACUCCGCUGCCCUUCAGACCAGGCAAGGGAGGCUUCGGAGACCUCUUCAGAACACACUUCUUCCUCAACGCAGGAAACCUCUGCAACCUCAACUACGGUGAUGGCCCGCGGGCACACCUUCAGAAGCUGGCUGAGUGCAUCCGCUGGUCGUACGGAGCGGGCAUCGUGCUGCGGCUCGGCAACAUCGCCAGACUGGAGCUCAACUAUUGUGUACCCAUGGGAGUUCAGAGUGGAGACAGGAUAUGUGACGGUGUCCAAUUCGGAGCAGGAAUCCGCUUCCUGUGACCUCAUCACUCCGCCGCCCUCGGCACUCCAGCAGAGGCUCGGAUGUGAAGAGGAGGGAUGUCUCGUUGUUUGUCACCUGUAACUUGUUGUAGAGUGUGUAACACUAGCAUGGGUCAUAUGUCCUGGGGAAAACGUGCCUGACCACCCCGAACCCUCCUUUUGAAUAUGCACCAGUUAAGACUUUAAAACAGCAAAGUGCCAGUGCUGCGGGACACAACCAUGGAAAGUUUUUACAGUACAAACUGGAAGUGCUUUUACAGAGUUCAGAGAUGAAAGUAACCAGAUGCACAAGACAUGGACGCAAUGGCAAAAAAAUAUAUAUAAUCAUGGUGAAUCUAUUACAAUUUGGCACUUAUUCUGCAGUAGACUAUUGAGUUCUGGUUCGGUCUUUUAUUUUGGACCACUGUCCCUCUUUCCUUAGUUUAAAUCUCCAGCGCUGGCACCUUGUCUGUGGGGGAAAAGUCAGCCACUAGUGAUUUCACCCACUAUUUUUCCUGUGGUCACACAAAGUAACUUAUUCUCCAGAUUGUUAAAGAGAUUUUGAGCAUGUUCCCAGUUUGCCUUCCAGGAGCAAGAAUUGGUAAAAAAAAGUAUUGAUAGUUAACCGUACAACACACACUCUCAUGACCUGAUGAGUUUUGUUGAGUUGUACUGUGCAAUCGAUCGAUUGCAGCGGCAGCCCAGGGAGUGAACCGAGAGAAAGGAGAACUUUUUAAAAUCGAAACAGCCGGCGUAUAAAGAGAAUCAACCGUCACGCCAAACGCGGUUUGUUCAAACGCUGUCUGAUGUGAAGAACGGCGGGUUGAUGUCGGGCCGGCAGCAGAGAUGGGAACCCCUCUCUCCCCCCCCUUGAGCAACAUCCACCGCCAGUGCUCUUACCGUUAGUCCUCUUUUUGAUGUUGUUGAAGAUAUUCACAAAUAAAUCACAGCUGCUCCCCUGG